GGGAGAGCGGCCCCGGCGAGGGGGGCCCAGCGUACGCAGAACGCAAAGCCCAGGCGGAGAGAAAGUGUAGUGUGAUGAAAAAGAUGGGAUGUAACCGAUCUGCCGGUGCAGCAGUUGGUCCAUCUACGGACAUAUAUAAUCAACGGUGAUCCUCUGGUCUGCUGCGUUUUUGCCCUUGUCCAGCUUGAGAAAUCUGCCUUUUCAACGAUCAACGCGGACAAUCGAUCUAUACAUUGAAGAUCAUUAAGAAUAAACAUCUCCAUCAAAAUUACGGGAUUUCCAACGCCUUUAUAAUUGCAUAGCAGCGAUUGUAGCAAUUUACACACCUUUCUGUGCCGUUCAAAAUAUCCUUUUUCCCUAAAUCGGAACGAGUCUUUUUCUCAGCCCCGUGAACCAUUGGACUGACGCCUCUUCGAUACAUAUCAAGUACACACCCAGUCAAAAUGUUUUCAGAUGCUGCCCCCAAAAGGAAAUUGGCUUUCACGCGAAUGAUUCCAUUUAUAAACAUGUCUCCUCCUAAAACUCGCGCGCCAUCACCACCAUCUGAAGCCCCAAGAGCAGAAUCACCAACUUUACCAUCAACCAUGAAGCCAACGCAAAAGAACGGAUUCAAUAGACGUCCGGUUCCGGUCGCGGAACUCACAAUCGUUCCCUACACAGCUUCAGAAUGGGUUAAAGUUAUGGAGGAAGUCAAGGAUCUAUAUCACCGGAAGCAGCAUAAGCAGUGUUCAGCGCGCUGUAUAAAACUUCUUGAUUCUAUCCGGGAUCCUGUAAGUCGACUCGAAGUGCCUCUGUUUCUUCAAUGCUAAUUUUCAAAAUAGUACAAUGUUCACCCGCUUUAUUCAAUAACCCUCGCUUUUUUCGCCGCUUCAUCGCUUGAAGCUACUGCUUCCCCCUUGCACAACGAUUCGCCUCUCAAACUCCCUCUAUUUAACGAAUCCUUAACCUACUAUGCCCUCGCUUCAUCCUACAUCGCCUUCGCCUCUUUCGCUACAAAGCCAUCAAAGAUCCACCCAACUACACAGGGCCAUAGAUCAAACCAAUCCUCUAUAUCUUCAAGUUUGCGAAGUUCAGUCGACAGUAUCUUCAGUCAAGGUUCAACAUCUUCCUGUGGUUCAUCGAUUCUUGAUUCGCCAUAUUCGACAGACUCCGAAGGGGAAAGCAGAAUCUCAAGAUGUCGAAGCCCCAGCAUUCUAGUCCUUACACCUAGGCCACUCCGACCUAAAAAGCGUGUAUCUUUCAAUUUCGAGGAGACAACUAAAACAGCACCGACCAUCGCCAAUGAGAAUACUUAUAAAAACACCGAUCUACUUUCUCAUUUCCCAAGUCCACCUCUUGCAACUUUUUCGCCAACGAUUAUCCCCACAACCCCAAACUACGACGUAUUAGCCUACGCCAGUCCCCCAAGCUCCCCCUCAGGAGAUACACCUUCACUUCAUCGCUAUCAAACUCAUCUGUCCUCGCUGGAAAGACAAUUGGAAUACCACACCACACAUAUCAAGGCGCAAAUUCGUACUGUGUCCUUGAUACGAAAAGCCCGUCGCUCCAACCUCCCAGAUCUUUUCCCCACACGUCCGCGCUCCGGAUCAGUAAGCUCCAUGACUUCCAACUCUUCAGUAUCCACAUCAACUUCGCCACAUCGAGAUUCUGAGUCUCAAACACCUUUUCAGCAGGACCUUUCAGCAAGGAUUCAGAAAAUAAAAGAGGGUUCUUCGAGGCGGCCGAGAUUCAAUCCUCAGAAAUAUCGGGAUUUGUGUGAGAAUGUUAUUAUCGAAAUGGAGCAGGAGGGGUGGAGAAGUUAAUGUUUAUUUUCUUUUGUCUGUUUUUUUUUUCUCCUUUUUCCGUUACGACCUAUAUGAUAUCCAAAAUUCCCUUUUGUCUCUUUUGUAAUAGUAGAUUUGUAUGAUGGAAUGCAGCGAAAUGCUUCGCAUGUAACCGGAUGGUAUGGAAAGUACAUGGAACAGGAGAUGUGUAUGAGAACAUGAAAAUAUAUACCGAUAUAUAAUAAAUAGAUUCAAGAAAUCAACACCAAGAUUGAGUGAAAUUGCAAACACUUCUCCAUCAAAAAAAC